AAAACCUUUUAAACCUCUUUCAAAUUUAUUUCCUCCAAAUUUUGAAACGAAAUGUCUAAAGCAUCACAACCAGAAUUAAAAAAAUAUAUGGAGAAACGUUUAUUUAUUCAAUUGAACGGAGGUAGGAAAGUAACUGGAAUUCUACGUGGUUACGAUCCAUUUAUGAAUUUGGUAUUAGAUGAUACAGUUGAAGAAGUUUCGUCUUCUGAAAAACAUAACGUUGGCAUGGUGGUAAUUCGUGGUAACUCGGUAGUGAUAAUGGAAGCACUGGAAAAAAUUUGACAAAAAUAUUUUGAUUGUACAUAGUUUUUUUUUUGCUAUAUUUUAUAAACGGCAAAUAUUCACACAUGUAAUAAUCAUUAGAUAUAGAAAACACAAAUGAUUCAUAUAAAGCUCUACGUUUAAAUUUU